UUAAGAGAUUUUUAUUUUGUUUUGUGCUGAAGUUAAAUCAAAGAAGCAAAAUAUAAUGUAAAUUAGCUGAUCAUUCUUUUUCAGCAAAAAUGUACUUAAUCUAAUUUCAGGUUGUCUUUAACAACAAAACAUCCUCUAAAGGUUUGUUUUCUUAAGUAGCCAAUCACUAAGGCUGACAUUCUGUAUCUUAAGUUGAGAUGUUCAUGACCCCUGACCUCUAUAAUGACCUUUGACAUACAGGAUUUCUCUUCAGACUUCCUUAUCUUUAUUUUAGGAUUUUUGUUGUUUUUUAUUCGAAACUGGUUUGAAAUUUGCAUGCCGUGAUUUGGGACUUGGAUUUCAUUACUUUCGACUUGCAUAUCUUGCGUUUGGACACGGAUAUCUUGACUAGACUUGAGAGUUGAGUAACUUGUGAUCUCCAAAUGACUAUCUAUACCAACUCUCAUUAAAACCACGGCUGUCUGUGGAGCUGAUAAUGACAUUGUUGAUGAUUUUUGUUACGUUUUGGUGAGUUAAAAUGCAGCAUCAGACGUUUUUAGCAAGAUUUGCUCAUCCCAGAAGUUUAAAGUGAACUAAAGAACCAAAGUCGUCUUUGUAAAAGAAUUACAUGCGAGUAAAAGCGUCUUCACCAGGAGAGAAAAACGUGAACCAGCGGCGAAAUAUCGUUAAUCAGGCCUGAGACGUAACCUGGCAAAGGUUUCAACCACUGCCAACAUAAUAUUGGAAAGCUUUUCCGGUGAGGUAGUACGUCACGCCACUCUCUAUUAGUUGCUAUUUUCGUCCAGCCCUGGAGGACAUUCAUCCACCAUCUACCCACCCUGACAGCUCCCAAUAAACCCACCACUCCCAUUCAUCUCCAUCCCUCCAGCCCAGCUCCACCCUCUUUCACCCUCCCUCGCUCCUUCUCCUCUCCGCGGAUCUGACCGGGCAGCUUCAGUUUGUGUCAUCUGUUUAGACCAAUCUCUCCAACAGAACGUUUCCUCUAUGAGUUUCCAGUCCGUUCCCAGUAGCACUUGAUCCCGGUGGGAAGCUGAAGAGGAGGUAAAAAUGACGAUCCACGUCGAGGGUCUCGUGGCCAUCGUCCUCUUCUACGUCCUGAUUCUUUUCGUGGGGAUCUGGGCCGCGUGGAAGAACAAGAACUCCGGAGUCGGUGAAGGCGGAGACCGCAGCGAGAGUAUUAUGGUCGGGGGCAGAGACAUUGGGCUGUUCGUGGGAGGAUUCACGAUGACCGCCACCUGGGUAGGAGGGGGAUAUAUAAAUGGAACAGCAGAGUAUGUCUACCUGCCAGACUACGGCCUGGCCUGGGCUCAGGCACCCUUUGGUUACGCUCUCAGCUUGGUAUUAGGUGGGCUUUUCUUUGCCAAACCGAUGCGAUCUCGUGGCUACGUCACGAUGCUGGACCCUUUCCAGCAGCUCUAUGGAAAACGGAUGGGGGGACUGCUUUUCAUUCCUGCCCUCAUGGGAGAAAUCUUCUGGUCUGCUGCCAUCCUGUCUGCCCUGGGUGCCACUCUGAGUGUGAUUGUGGACAUAAACAUCAACAUGUCUGUGGUAAUCUCAGCGCUCAUAGCCAUCUUUUACACGCUCGUUGGAGGACUCUACUCCGUCGCAUACACAGAUGUGGUCCAGCUGUUCUGCAUCUUUUUGGGCUUGUGGAUCAGUGUGCCUUUUGCCCUUUCCAACCCUGCUGUGUCAGACAUCGGGGUUUCAGCCAAGGAAGCAAUCUAUCAGUCACCCUGGCUGGGCAAGAUCAAGCCUGAGGACAACUGGCUCUGGGCAGACAACUUCUUUCUGCUGAUGUUGGGAGGGAUUCCGUGGCAGGUCUACUUUCAGCGGGUUCUUUCUGCCUCUUCAGCGACCUACGCUCAAGUUCUGUCCUUCCUCGCUGCCUUCGGCUGCUUAGUCAUGGCCGUCCCGUCCGUCCUCAUUGGAGCCAUCGGGGCUUCCACGAACUGGAAUCAAACGACUUAUGGUUACGUCGCUCCGAAGGACAAGGAGGAGUCUGACAUGAUCCUUCCCAUCGUGCUCCAGCACCUCUGCCCGCCCUACAUCUCCUUCUUCGGACUGGGCGCGGUGUCGGCAGCGGUGAUGUCAUCAGCGGACUCGUCCAUACUGUCAGCCAGCUCCAUGUUUGCCAGGAACAUUUAUCAGCAAGCCUUUCGGCAGAUGGCUUCGGAUACGGAGAUCGUUUGGGUGAUGCGCAUCACAAUCUUUGUGUUUGGCGCUCUCGCCACAGCUAUGGCGCUUUUAACUGGAUCUGUAUACGGCCUCUGGUACUUAAGCUCCGACCUCGUCUACGUCAUCAUAUUCCCCCAACUUCUCAGUGUGUUGUUCGUCAAAGGUACCAACACGUACGGCUCCGUGGCAGCGUACAUCUUUGGACUCAUGCUGCGCAUUGGUGGAGGGGAGCCUUACCUAAAACUGCCUCCAUUCAUCUAUUACCCCGGGUGGGUGAUGGAGAAGAAGGUCCACCUCAUCAACGGAGACGUAGAGUACUUCGUCCAGCAGCGAUUCCCCUUCAAGUCCGUGUCCAUGGUGGCAUCUUUCCUAGCAAACGUGGUCUUCUCAUACCUGACAAAGUACUUAUUCGAAAGCGGCAUGCUGUCUCACAAGUACGACUUCCUGGACGCGGUCGUGUCCAAGCAUAGCGCAGAGAUCAUGGACAAGGCCACGCUGGUAAGCAAUCACGAUAACAUUAUUCUUUCAGAGAUGGCUCCGGUCAGGCAAGCCCUCGGUGCCACGCUUGCUGGGACCUUCACCAACGCCGAGGCCCUGAGCGACGACGGCGAGUCGAGUCCGGAGUCCUAUCACAGCGAGAACUAGACGACAAAACGCACAAAGAAAACUUGAACCGAGGAAUGUGAAAGGAAAGGGAAAGAGAGAAUCAGUUGGCGUCCUUCAGGAAACUUGUUACUGCCACACUGUGAGCCAGAUCAGCAGAAACGCUCUGCGGCUUCCAAGUGACUCCACAAGUUAUGUCAGUGAAUCGGUGCCUCCUCCGUUUGUUCAUAUUUCCUCUCUAGAAACUCAUCUCUGACCCUGUAUUGUACAAAGUUCGCAAUUGUUUUAGUUUUUCUGACCAUGGCUCUGUGAAUUUACAACUGUUUUAGUUUAACUGCUGCUACUGCGGUGGAGCGAUGAAGGGAAAUGGUUUUUCAAGGUUGCUGGCUUUGAGAAAUGUGCAUUAGAACUAAGAAGCAGCAUUAAUGUCUGGUUGUCUUAGCUCAGGUUACGUAUGUUAAUGCAUAUACAGUGCCUUGCAAAAUUAGUAAUUCCCCUUAAACUUUUGUUAAAUAUCAGUGCAUCUUGUUAGGAGUUUAUAUGAUAGACUCACAUAAAGUUGGAUCUUUAGCUGUUGCAGCUGCAUGUCGUUGGUUCUGCCCAGAUUAAAUAGAGCAUCUGUAAAUAUUAGUUUUUCUUAUUUGUCCUGCAGAUUUACAUCUGGACUUUGGUUGUGCCAUUUGAACACAUGAAUAUACUUUGAUCUGCAUUCAGUGCUACUAUGCCUUACUUUUAAUAAUCCAUUUUUUUCUUGCCACUCACCUUGACAGAAUUACGACGGAGUAUGAGAGCCACACUAAGAAAAUGUAAAAAAAUUAUGACAAUAAAAUUGUACAAGAAGAAAAGCAUAAUAUUAUGAGAAUAAUGUCUUAUUGCAUUAUUCUUCAAUGCUAUGACUUUAUUCUUAAAAUACUAUAACUUUAUCCUGGUGAUAUGAGUUUAUUCUCAUAUUAGUACAACUUUAUUCUUGUAAUUUUAUGUCUUUAUUCUCUUAAAAUUAUUUUUGUAUUUUUUUCUUAUUAUCGCUCUAAUACUCUGCCGCACAGAAUAGAUGGAUUUAUAAUGGAAUCAAAUUACACAAAAGUGGACUACUUACUUAUUUGAUAACUUCUAAUGAUAUUGGGUUGCACUUGAUUUUAUUCAGGGGUGUCAGAAUACAAAUGCGUACCAGGCAUUUCAAAUUUGUAUUUAUAAAAAAUUAAUUAAAAACCACAUAUCAUUUUCCUUCUUUUCAUAAUUAUGCAUUAUGUUUUAGUCUAUCAUAUUCAAUCCUAAUGAAAUACAACAUGAUUUAUGGUUGGAUCACAUAAAAUGUCAAAGGUUCAAGGGAUAUGAACAGCUCUGCAAGGCACUGUAGGUAUGCCUGUGAACAAAGCAGCUUUAAGUGACUGAUCCAGGAUGGUUUUGUUGAGUAGUGUUAAGUUUGCAUAGAAACCUUAUAAAUAGAGCAAUAAUAUUUUAAGAAUCUUAGCUUUAUUUCCAGCCUUUUGCUGCUAAACCACUGAAUAAAUAGACAUAUGGGCUCAACAAUAGAAGUAUUUGUUUUUAAUCUGGUUUUUAGACUAUUCAACCAUCACAUAAUGGUUGAAUAUGUGAUGGUUAAAUCACAUAUUCACACAUAUUUGCACCAGCAAAGUGAUAUUAUACUCAUUCAGCUUUCAAGUGUCACAGGAACUAAAUCAUUCAAGUAACUUAGUUGAAAAAACUAAUGUGGCGUCUGACGCUAGCUUUGGGGACGUCUGUGUUUGCUGCAACACGCUUAGCACCGAGAUGCUAUUUUCGGCUUGAACCGUUUUAGUAAUUAGCCAACUUCUUUUUGCUUCACAACAAUAGUUUGUUUUUGUUUUGUUUUUUACAUCGUCUAUUAGAUUGUUUUAGAAGGAGAAAUUAAUAGCCAGUGGGCCAAGAAAAGCGAUUUUGUCGACCAUUGAUGUUAGCGGAAUGACGCUUGUGCGUCAGAUUCACGGGCGUACCAGAAACACAAUACAAAGGUUCCGGCUUGGGACUUGUUAAGAAAACAA